UGAAAACUAUGAGCCGCUCCGUUAGCCAAAUAAAAUCCAGAAAUAUAAAACUAACGACUCUCACUAAAUACCCGUAAAUCGCCAAAGUUGAAACUUUUGUUCUUCAAUGGCUUCUCUGCUGAACCCACCUCUCACUCUGCCUCAAAACAAGCUGAAUCCUGGAGGUGUCCUAUCUGUAGCUACCAGCGCAAUACCAAGCAAAAAUUUUCAACCAUUUUUAACACAGAAAAGGAGCCACAGGCAUUGUUUGCUGAUAAGAGCUAAAGCGUCGGUGGAAACGGAUAUGCUUGCAAAAGAUUCUGUUGGCGCCGACGCUGUUGAUGAUAAGGAUUUUGGAGUUGUUAGCAUGCACCACGUCGGAAUACUAUGUGAAAACCUUGAGAGGUCGUUGGACUUUUACCAGAAUAUUCUUGGACUAGAAAUAAAUGAGGCAAGACCACAUGACAAGCUUCCCUACAGAGGUGCUUGGUUGUGGGUGGGUUCAGAGAUGAUACAUCUAAUGGAGCUUCCAAAUCCAGAUCCCUUAACUGGUCGGCCUGAACAUGGGGGGCGAGAUCGUCAUACUUGCAUAGCAAUUCGCGAUGUGUCUAAGCUGAAAGUUAUUCUUGAUGAAGCUGGUAUUCCCUACACCCUUAGUCGCUCUGGGAGGCCAGCCAUUUUCACUCGAGACCCAGAUGCUAAUGCACUAGAAUUUACUCAAGUUGAUGCUUGACAUAAUUUGGACUGCUUGCUCUCUAAUCUGUGAUCUUUAUAUAGUUAAAAUAUACAGCUGCUGUGCAUAUAUGUAUAGGGAUAUUCAAAAUAUUCAGUCAAUAACUGUUUGAAGCAUUGCAGCUAUCAGCAUCAUUUAAAGUUAGAUAUAGUGGUUAUGGUUUGUCAACCAAAAAAUAAAAAAGGAAAAAGAAAAAAGUCAUGUGCUGCUGUGUAUGUGAUUCAAAUAUAUGCUGCUCCUAGUUGAAUAUCUGUGAAGGAACAACUAAUACAAUUUUCACGAAUACGUGCAAGUUAUUUUGUAA